ACGCCCCGCCCCCUCAGCUCGCUGGAAGCGCGGCGGCGCCCGCUGUGGAGCCCUAACGGAGCUUUAACCGCCCGUUAGCCGGCGGUGCGCCGGGGCGGGCUCGACAGCGAGCCGGUGGCUUUACAGCGCAGCGCGGCGGAGCGGGAGAGCGGCGGGAGGCCGGGCCGGCGGGGCGGCGGCGCCGCCAUGGAGCUUUGUUGCGGGCCGGGCGCUAGGGGGCGCUGUCCCCGCCCCGCGCCCCGAUAAAGUUGGCCGGGAAGGCGCCGCCGCCGGCCGCGCGAGUUCGCGGCUCUCGCGAGAGGAGGAGCGCGCGCCCCCGCCCAUCUCCGAGAGGACUCGCGGACGAGGAGGACUCGCGCCGGAGCGCAGGGAGGGGCGGUGGCAGCGUUAUCGCGAGAGUUGCGGGCGGGUCUCGCGAGAGUUGGCGGUGCCCCCGGACGGCGCCGCUCCGGUUCGGGCAGAGCGCGGGGGCCGGGCCGGGGGCGGCGGCGGCUCCGGGGCCCUUCGGCCGGGGAUCCGCGCCCAGGCCCCGCCACCGCCGCUGAGGCCGCGGGCAGCGCUCCGGGCCCGGGCCCCGCCUUCCCGGGGCGCCCCCGCGGCCGCGCUGCCCGCCGGGCCUGGGCCCCUCGGAUGAGGCGGUGAGGCCGCGGCGCUUCCCCCUCCCCUCCCGGGCCCUUCCCCCCUCCCCUCCCCGUCCCUCCCGCCUCCUCCGGGGCCUCGGGCCCCGCUCCCCAUGUAGGAGGGAGGACCGAGGCCGGGGUGGAUGGUGCGAGGGGCGGGCGCGGAGGGAGUUUGAAGUUCGGGGCUUUCGCGGAGUCCCCCCCUCGCCGUUCCCGAGCGCAGCGGGGGAGGAAUGCCAAAUCCGGAGAGACAUGGGGGCAAGAAGGACGGCGGCGGGGGGGCCUCGCAGCCGGGCGGCGGGAGCUCCAACAGCAAGGAGAGGCACCGGGCGGGCUCCAGGCACAAGAGGCACAAGUCCAGGCACUCCAAGGAGUCCCCGCUGGCGGCGCAGGAAGCGGCGGCGCCCCUGGGAGCGGUGAUCAAGCCGCUGGUGGAGUACGAUGACAUCAGCUCGGACUCGGACACCUUCUCGGACGAUGUGGCCCUCAAGCUGGACAGGAGGGACAACGAGGAGAGGAGGGCGGAGAGGAGCGAGAGGGCCCAGAAGCACCGGCACCACCAGCACAAGCGGCUCCGCGAGCUGAUGAAGAGCAAACAGGCGGAGAAAGACAGGAAGUUGGAAAAGAGCCUGGAUGCUUCCAGCAGGUCCGCCAAGGAGAGGAUAUCGGGAUCCUCCAAGAGGCUCCUGGAGAGCGAGGAGCACCCCAAGGCGCUCUCCUCCAAGAGCAGCAACAAGGAAUCGCGCUCAGCCAAAGCGCACAAGGAGAAAUCCAGGAAGGAGCGGGAGCUCAAGUCCAGCCACAAAGAGCGCAGCAAAAGCCAUCGCAAGAGGGAUGCUCCCAAAAGUUACAAAACCAUCGACAGCCCGAAGAGGAAAUCCAGGAGCCCUCACAGGAAAUGGUCGGACAGCCCCAAACUGGACGACAGCCCCUCGGGAGCCUCCUACGUGCAGGAGUACGACCUCAGCCCGCCCCGCUCGCACACCUCCAGCACCUACGAUCCCUACAGGAAGAGCCCCGGCGGCUCCUCACGCCGCCAGUCCCUCAGCCCACCCUACAAGGAGCCCGUGGGCUACCAGUCCAACGCCCGCUCGCCCAGCCCCUACAGCCGGCGGCAGCGAUCCGUGAGCCCCUACGGCCGGAGGCGCUCGUCCAGCUACGAGCGGGGCAGCGGCUCCUACAGCGGGAGAUCCCCGAGCCCCUACAGCCGCCGCCGCUCCAGCAGCCCCUUCGCCUGCAAGCGCUCCGUGAGCCGGAGCCCCAUCGCCAGGAAAUCCGUGAAGUCGCGGAGCCGCAGCCCUGGCUACUCGAGGCACUCAUCUCACAGCAAGAAGCAGAGGUCUGGCUCCCGCAGUCGCCAUUCCAGCAUCUCCCCCAGCAGGCUCCCCCUCAACUCCAGCCUGGGAGCAGAGCUCAGCAGGAAGAAGAAGGAGCGAGCGGCCGCGGCGGCCGCCGCAGCCAAGGUGGACGGGAAGGAGGCGAAAGGCUCCCCCGUUUUCUUGGCUAGGAAGGAGAACAGCUUGGCUGAGCUGAAGGAGGCUGGGACAGAGUCUAAAAAAGUCACCAAAACUGUUAAAUCUGAGAAAGCUCCGGACACGGACUCGGUUAAUUUACCGUACAGCAACGCAGAGCCUAAAGCCCCUGCGGAGACAACGAAAUCCAAGGCAGAGGAGAACUCGGAGAGGAAACACCCUGUUCCACUUAGGGAUUCCAAACCCACGGGAACAAAAGACUCGAAGCCUGUAGCAGUGGUAGAGGACCUGGUAUCUCCAAAGGAGACGGACGCAGCGGAGAAGGAGAUUCCACCCCCCCUCCCCACCAUCAAAUCCCCUCCUCCACCUCUGCCCACCACCACCCCUCCGCCUCCCACGCCGCCGCUGCCGCCGCUGCCUCCGUCACCCGCCGUCCCGCCGCUGCCUCCAGCCCCGGUGACUCCCGUUCAGCUCCCUCCUUCAGCCCCAACGUCUUUGCCAUCUUCUUCCCACCCAAGGACGUCUACUUUAUCCUCUCAGGUGAACUCCCAGUCCUCUGUGCAGGUGGCUACAAAAACCCAAGUGUCUGUGACGGCUGCUAUCCCACACCUGAAAACUUCCACCUUGCCUCCGCUUCCGCUCCCCCCUAUUUUAGUUGGGGAAGAUGACUUGGAUAGUCCAAAAGAGAUUCUUCCUCCAAAACCUGUGAAGAAGGACAGAGAGCAGAGACCACGACACUUACUCACGGACCUCCCGCUCCCCCCAGAGCUCCCUGGGGGGGACCCAUCUCCUCCUGACUCCCCAGAACCAAAGGCAGCCACACCACCUCAGCAACCCUUCAAAAAGAGACCAAAAAUCUGUUGUCCUCGCUACGGGGAGAGGAGGCAGACGGAGAGCGACUGGGGCAAGCGCUGCGUGGACAAGUUCGACAUCAUCGGCAUCAUCGGAGAGGGGACCUACGGGCAGGUCUACAAAGCCAAGGACAAGGACACGGGUGAGCUGGUGGCUCUGAAGAAGGUGCGCCUGGACAAUGAGAAGGAAGGAUUCCCCAUCACGGCCAUCCGCGAGAUCAAAAUCCUGCGGCAGCUCAUCCACCGCAGCGUGGUCAACAUGAAGGAGAUCGUCACGGACAAACAAGAUGCACUGGAUUUCAAGAAGGACAAAGGUGCCUUUUACCUUGUGUUUGAGUACAUGGACCAUGACCUAAUGGGGCUGCUAGAAUCUGGCUUGGUACAUUUCUCAGAGGACCAUAUCAAGUCUUUCAUGAAACAGUUAAUGGAGGGCCUGGAUUACUGUCACAAAAAGAAUUUCCUUCAUCGAGACAUCAAGUGCUCCAACAUCUUACUGAACAACAGUGGGCAGAUCAAACUUGCAGAUUUUGGGCUCGCCCGACUCUACAGCUCGGAGGAGAGCCGUCCCUACACCAACAAAGUCAUCACGUUGUGGUACCGACCCCCAGAACUGCUGCUCGGGGAGGAGCGGUACACCCCUGCCAUUGAUGUGUGGAGCUGUGGCUGUAUCCUCGGGGAACUGUUUACAAAGAAGCCUAUUUUUCAAGCCAAUCUGGAACUGGCUCAGCUUGAAUUAAUCAGCCGGCUCUGUGGGAGCCCCUGCCCAGCUGUGUGGCCAGAUGUCAUCAAGCUGCCCUACUUCAACACUAUGAAGCCCAAGAAGCAAUACCGGCGGCGCCUGCGCGAGGAGUUCUCCUUCAUUCCCUCCUCUGCCCUGGACCUGCUGGACCACAUGCUGACGCUGGACCCUGGCAAGCGCUGCACAGCAGAGCAGGCCCUGCACAGUGACUUCCUGAAGGACGUUGACCUCAGCAAAAUGGCACCUCCAGACCUCCCCCACUGGCAGGAUUGCCACGAGCUGUGGAGCAAGAAGCGCCGGCGGCAGCGGCAGAGCGGGGUGGCCGUGGAGGAGCCUCCGGUAUCAAAAGUUUCUCGGAAAGAAACUACCUCUGUUACAAGCACAGACACUGUGAAAAACAACAGCAGCAGUCCUGUGCCCCCCCAGCCUGCCCCGCUCAAAGCAGAGCCUGGUGCUGCAGAUGCAGUAGGCCUGGGCGACAUCACCCAGCAGCUGAACCAGAGCGAGCUGGCCGUGCUCCUGAACCUGCUGCAGAGCCAGACCGACCUGAGCGUGCCCCAGAUGGCCCAGCUGCUCAACGUGCACUCCAACCCCGAGAUGCAGCAGCAGCUGGAGGCUCUCAACCAGUCCAUCACGGCCCUGACCGAGGCCACGGCGCAGCACCACGAGCCCCCGGCGGCGGCGGAAGCCGCGGAGGAGCCGCCCGCGGAGGUGCAGGAGGAGCAGCAGACUCCGGAGGCAGCCAGCGCUCAGGGAGACAUGCAGAACGUGCUGGCCGUUCUGCUGAGUCAGCUGAUGAAGAGCCAGGAGCCUGGGAUAACCCUGGAGGAGAGCAACGGGGAGAAGAGCAGCGAGCAGCGGGCGGCCAGGAAAAGCCCGACGAGGCAUCCCGAGGAGAGCACAGCGUGUCCUCCUGGCAUUGUCCCACCAGAGAAGAGACCCCCCGAACCCCCCGGACCGCCGCCGCCUCCUCCCGUGCCCGAAGGGGAUCUCUCCGGAGCAGCCCAGGAGUUGAACCCGGCCGUGACGGCUGCGCUGCUCCAGCUCCUUUCCCAGCCGGACCCGGAGCCACCGGCCCCGCCAGCCCCGGACUACGGCCGCUCGCAGCCCGCCAGGACUUACAGCACCGACAGCUCCGAGGGGGGAUUCCCCGCCGAGGAGCUCAACCCGGCCCAGACGCUGCUAGAACCUUCUGCCCAACCCCUGGGGAAAAGCAGGACCUUCUUGGGCUCCGUGAGCCACCUCGGGGAGAGCAGCAGCUACCAGGGCACGGGCUCGGUGCAGUUCCCGGGGGACCAGGACCUGCGCUUCGCCAGGGUCCCCGUGGGCAUCCACUCGCUCGGGCAAUCCUUCAGCAAAUCCGAGGGGAGCAACAACAACGCGCUGGUACAUCCAGAGGCCAAAAUGCAGAGCUACGGCGAGCUGGGGCCGGGAUCCGCCGGUUCCAGUGGGGCAGGAACAGGUCACGGCUGGGGUGCCCCAACCCAGGCGCCGUCUUCCUACGGGAAGACGUUCCGAGGGCCUGGCCGAGUGCCUCCGCGGGGGGGCCGGGGCCGGGGGGUUCCCUACUGAGAUUCCUGGGAUUCCCCCCUUGCCUCUCCUCCUUUAGCCACAGGACUUGAUUUUUUUUUUUUUUUUUAAUUUUAAUUUUUUAAUUUUUUUUUUUUUUUGGCCAGAGCAAGGUCUCGUCCGCAUUUCAGCUGCUGCAGAGCUCCCUGGGCAUCCCUCCCUCGCUCGGGAGCUGCCAGGGGCUCCCCGCUGGCCUCCCCUGCUUGGUUAGUGACAAAAAUAAUCCCAACCCCGCAGCAAACUGAGCCAGGAGAGGGGGGGGAUUGAUGGAAAAGUAGGAAUGGAAGGAAGGAGGAAUUGAAAUAAUGCUGUUUCCCCAAGCUGGGCACUGGAGUUUGCCAGUGGGUCAGGGAGGGCUGGGGAGAGGCUGCUCCCCAAAGCGGUUUUCUUUUUGUUGUUGUUGUUUUGUUUGUUUGUUUUCCCCAUUUCCUUAAGGAAAAAAAAAAGAAAGAACAAAUGAAAAGGGGAAUUUAUCGAUGCAGAGGCACCUGGAUGGGUUAUCCCAGCAGUGGGGACCUGGGAUGUGACACUGCUUGUGUUUGAUUUAUCUGAUGUUGCUUUCUUCCCAUAAAGCAUCCAGUUUUCCCUCUGCUCCGGGGCCAGUCCUGUCCCCUGGGACAGCAGCCUUAGUACAUUGAUUUUUGGGAAGGGUCUCUGGGUGCUGGAUCCCUCCUGCUGGAACAUGGCAGGGGGAAUUGUCUUUUUCUUUUUUUUUUUGUCUUUUGUUUUAAUUUUUUUGUUUUGUUUUCAAGAGCCGAGGAGAACACCUCCCUGAAAAGCAGGGGAUUUCUGCCAUUUGUAUCUUUCAGAAUUUAAAAAAAAGGAAACAAAAAUCCCAACAUCUGGUGGGAUUUGCCACCAGAUGGGAGUGAUUUGUCCCCGGAAUCCUGGGCCAGUGCAGCCCAUCCUGCCGAGGUCGGUCACAUCUCAGCCCUUUGAGGUUUUCCAGGUGUUCCUGUGUCAUUUCCACGGGCAUAUUUCUAUUUUUGUUGUUGUCAAGGAAGUAUUGACGAUGGAUUUUCUCCUCCCGCAGACCCUUGCGCUGUUCAUUUCAAUGAGACUUAAAAAGAGAUGAAUAAAACAAAGGUACCUAUU